AUGGCAGUAUCUGCAGAGACAGGUGAGAUGAUGGGUGUCUCGCUGAAUACCACACUGUGCAGGGAUAACGAAAUAAAAAAAUACAGCGACGAGAACAAUGAUAAAAGUUCAAAAUUUAAUGAUAUCAAGGUUUUCUUAGAUAAAGCUGAACAAGAUAUUGAUGUAUUUGGGCAGUAUCCAAAUAUUGAUCAUAUAAUGGAGUUAUCAAUUAUUACAGUAAAGGAAGCAUAUAGAAGACAAGGGGUUUGCAAAGCCCUCAUCGACAAGUCUAAGGAGUUGGCUUUGAAGUUAGGGUUUCAAAUGAUCUACGUGGAGUGCUGCAGUCAUUUUACUGCAAUAGCUGUUGAAAGAUUUGAAUUUCAAUGUAUAUAUUCGUUGUCUUAUACAGAUUACGUGAACAAACAAGGUGAUGUGGUGUUCAAGACACAGUCUCCUCAUAAAUAUUUCAAAGUCCAUGUAUUACUUCUCUAA